CGUCUAUCAACUUAAUCUACUUUUUAUUAAUUUUGUUAAAAUAAAGAAAAGUUUCUUUUAAAAAAUGCCAAGAUUCGUUCUCGUGUGUCUAGUUCUUGUGAUUUAUUCCGUCAAUGCAUGCGAUGUUUUGACUGAGACGCAUCACGGCUGUAAGAUAGAAAACUCUCAGUGCAUUUGUGGAUUUGGAUGUAAAUCAGAGUUUCGAUAUACGACAAAAAAAGAAUGUACGGAUUCUCUAAAGGGAAGAGCUAAUGAUAUUUGUGGCAGGCAACCAUGUAUAAACGGAGGAACAUGCCUUCAAACAUCUCUUAGUCCUGGAUAUAAAUGCAAAUGUGAAGGAACCAGACACUUUGGCAAUCGAUGCCAGCGACCAUGUCCAAAUUCAAGAAAUUUUGAACAAUUCUCAACAAUUCCACACGAAUGCAUAGAAAUUUGAAAUUAGUACAUAACGUUCAUUAAUCUUAACAUUUAUUAUUUACGAUUUAAUUGAUGACCUUUUUUCACUAGGCUUCUUCUUUUUACAUAUAUGUAUUUGUAAUUCCUAUCCCGAU